GCUUCUCCCCCCCACCCCCCAAAAAAAAGAAAAAUUGAAAAAAAAAUAAUAAUAAAAAAAAGAAGCAGGGGCUCCCCCCCCGCUCCCCUCCCCUCGCUGUCGGCGGGGAAGGGGCGGGGCGGGGCGGGGCGGGCGGGCGGUGCGGGCGGCGUGUGGGCCGAGUGAGCGGCGGGCGCGCUCCCCGCCGGCCGCUCGCCCCGCUGGCGGGAGAGUGAACUUUGACACGGCUGCUGCAACUCGGCGCGCGUCGCCAUGGCGACCGCGCGCCUUAUAAGGCAACCGGGCCGGCGCCUGACUGGCCCCGCGCGCGCGCCCCGCCCACCGCCCCUCAUUGGCCGCCGCCGCCGCCGCUCCGAGCCCGCCAUGGCCGCCGAGCGCCGGCCCUGCCGCCGGGUCCUAAAGCCCGCCCGGAGAGCCCCUCCGUGCCCCGCACCGCGCCCCGCACCGCCCCGCCGGGGCACGGGGGUGACGGCGAGCCCGCCGCGCCCGCCUCACUCCGCCUCACCCGCCUCACCUCACCUGGGGCUGCCCUCCUCGGGUGUCGGAGGGGGCGGCGGGGUGGGAAGCGGAAAGCAGGCGCUAAAGCGAGGUAAAACUCCACGGAAUAAAGUAAAGCGGAGGGGCGGCCGCCGGUCCCUGGAAAGGGGUCGUGGAGCGCAGUUCGGGUUCACGCCCCGCGGCGCGGGGCAGCCCCGGCCCCGCGGUCGUGCUGCGGGCACGGGGGCGGCGGCACCUGCGCUCGGCGAGCCCCGCGCUGCGCUGAGCCCCGUCCGCCGCGGAGCCGAGCCGAGCCGAGCCGAGCAGAGUUAAGCCGAGCCCGGCCGGGCGUGCUCGGGGCGCUCCGGGACCGGCCGCUCGCACAGCCCCGACCCCGGCGGGGCGCCGGGGCUCCGCCGCUCCGCCCGCUCUCUCCUCAUCCCCGCGGCUCCGCUCAAGGCACCAUCGCGGCCGCUCCGCUGCGCGGCAUCCCCGUGUUCCCCGCUCGGCAUCGCUGCGGCGGGGCUCGCCCCGACCCCUUUAACUUCAUUUUGUGGGUCUGGGAGUUUUAUGACCACACGUACCCUGACACCGUAACACAAGCUCCGUGCUGCACCGCGAGCAGGUAACAGAUCUAAGCGCGGGGACGGAGGUUUAUCUCCCGCUGAAUGGAACUACCGGGACUCCGAGUCAGUCUCCCGGUACAAAUGGCCAAAACACACUCCAACAAGAGAAGGGACGGAGAGAUAAAAUAGGAAACAUGUUAAAAUAGACAGAUAAACGCCCGAGAGGAUCGUUCCUCCUCUGCGAACGCACGCUUGUAUGUGCGCUCACAUGUGAGCCGGUCACCAAGCACGGCCGCGGGGACACAGACCUGGGCACAACUCUGCGAGGGAUUAAUUGCUCCUCACCUCCUCACAUACACUUUUUCAUGUUGCCACAUGCCCACCCACUCCUGCCGCAGAAAUAAUAGAUGUGGCUAAAGCCGCAGGUGUGGAGGUGAUUGGAAAGUUGUAAAAAGCACCUCGACUUGACAGUGUCCUGCCUGGAAACCUGGUGUGUUCAGACCCCACGGACGAAGAUGUUUUGCGGCUCAAUUUCAAAGACAAGGCUGCAGCGUUCCCAUUGAUCCUCACGGAGCAAAAAAAUAACCUUUACCCGAAACAAGGACCAGGAGGGACUAGGAAGACAGAAGGGGGAAAGGAAUCUUUCCCUGUUAAAAUGUGGGGAACUGUCUUAUGAUUUCCAAAUAACCUAGAGCCGAGGAGGUCACCUUUCGGGGAGGGUGGGAGAAGAUGGGGGUUCAAAAUACAGAAUAGUCACAGAUUGUUGCUGAUGUUGAGUUUCCUGAGGGGGGAAAAAAACCCCCAACAAAAACCCAAACCACAACCCAACACCAACCUUUCCUGUCUCGAAUCUGACAAAGUAAACAGGAUUAAUUCACCAUAUGAAAAAGCAUUAACGCCGUCCUAACAAAUGCAGAAAUCAUAAGAGAAAGCGGUUUUAACAGGACGCACAAUAUUACUAGUUCGAACGUAUGAUCGUAAAAAUGAAAAGCCAUUGAUAUAAGCUUAAAAGCCGCCGUAUAUGCUGAUUGCUCAAGCAUUAAUGAAGAAUGCCCCAGAUUAACUAUUUGCUCUUCGAGGGAUGCAGCGAUAUAACUACCUAUUAGCACCAUUAGAUGCUUUGCUAUUUAUUUGAAAACACCCCUACGAGUGGGUUGAGACAGAACAGAUGAAUGUAAAAAUGAACUGCAGCUAAUUUCGCUAAAUAAUCCUCGAAACCUGAGCGCCUCGCAAGGAAGGGGGAGAUUCUCCUCUGUCCUUCUCCGAGGCUAAUGACAAUAGAAAUGCUCUGGUUUAAAAGUGAGACUGUGUUGGUUUUCCAAAUAAACAAACGCAUCCCUCCUGCCAUUUUACUGCAGAUGUAAAUUUAUUUUAAUGAGAGGGAGUGGAAGGAUUUAUUUUGCUAAAAUAGAGUUGAGGAUAGAGCCGGUGUAAAUCUUUAGGUUUCAAAAAGAGAGGAGGAAGGAGGGGGAAGCUGCUUUCCUGGCAGAAAGCUGCCUAACAGUCCUCUAAUUCUUUCUAGAUUAAAUCGCAAUAUGAAUACAGCAUCGAACAAAUACCGAGUUUCGCUCUGAACUCAGUGGAAAGCAGUUACGUCUAACAGAAUUCAAUGAAUUCCUCUUCUCCCUCAAUGUAGUAUGUGUGUGUUUUUCUCUUCCACCACACUGAAGUUCCAUGAAUAGGGAAAGUGGCUCCUAUUGUGUGCCUCUGAACUUCCAAGUCAAUGCAAUUUUUAACCACUGGCUUGUGGUACUUUGAAAAUCACCAGGGGCUGUCAGAGUUGGGUCCUCUGAAAAAUUUACAGUGCUAAAUCAGAGCAUAUGCUGUGAGAGAGGAAAAAAAAUUGCUUAAGAUUGGAGCAAGUACAGUAUCUGGCUGCCCCCUAGUGUAAGUCUCUUAUCUGCCUAAAAUUCAACUUUAAAAGAAAAGGAUCUCUUAAAGGGAAACGACUUUUGGCUCACGUAUGCAUACGAGAAUGAAACUUCUGUACAUUUUAAUCUGAUUAAUUCCUAAGGAUUUAAAAUUAAUUGACUUGGGCACUCCUAGACCGGACUAUAAGAUUUCUGCAUCAGGGUUUCUGCGAGAACUGUACCGAAUAGGAACCGUGCCUCUCUUGCUGUUGUCAGAGCAAAACACUUUUGCUGCUUAAAGUCAGAUCUACGUCUUUUGCAAUAAUACUUAAAAAAAAAAAAAAAAAAGGAUAAAUAAUUGCCUUAAAGCCUCAGCCGAUCUACCAACCGCACCUUCGGAUGUCAGAAGGCAGAAAUAUGUGAACUGCUGAGAGAGGUGGGUACUUUUUGGUAAGUAUGUUUAGAUAUGAUCUUCAGAUACAUUUAUUGUACUUUCAAAUUCUUGGGAUACUAAUUGAGCUAGCAAACAAUAUCCCAGCUGAAUGUCUCAGCUUCUUCCCUAUUUAACAAGCUUUAAUAUAGAAGUAUAUUGUAGCCAUCCUUCUACUAAACAAUAUAGCUGAGGAGUCAGCAAAAAAUGAAAAAAACAUGUUAAAACCAAAUUAUAAUUGCUGCCUUAUAUCUGACUCUUCUGCCUUUCUGCAGUCCUAAUGAACUCUUUAAAGUUUUAUUUAUUUAUUUUUUUUAUUUCUGAGUGACAGAUCAAAAAUAAUUAGCAGAAUCAGAAGCAGCCGGGAAGCUUGAAAUAAUGUGUCUAAAUAUUUCAUAUUGCUACUUAUAAUACCAACCCAUCAGUUGUAAAAAAGAACCGUUCCCUGUUUAUUCCGUGGUAGUUUAUAAAUACAGAAAGAUAGAUUCCUUUUUUUUCCCAGGGCCUGCUUCAGCAAUGCCAUAAAUAGAGAUUGAGCUAUCAGGAAAAAAAACAAACCAGAAUAAAAUAAAAACAAAAGCCUGUACAGAUAUAGAGACAGACAGAUAAAUGUAUAACUGCAUCUGAACGGUGUUACAUAGCACAUUAGGGGAUGGGUAAAAAAAAUUAAAUCGAUCGCAUAUUUAUAACCUCAUAAUUAAAAUACAGUCUUAUCUCUCUCCUCUGAAAGGUUGCAGCUUUCUUGGAAGUAUUUUGAGUGCAUAUUUUAAACUCCAUGUCCCGAACUGAAUUAAGAUGAGCUGUUUUGCCCAAGAGUGAAACCCUUGUUUACAAUUUAAGGUUUAAGUUUCAGCUGCCUACUCAUCGCCAUAUCAUUUUCUUUACAUCUCACGUCCUUACAUUUGCAGGCUUUAUCUAAAUUUAUGUUAGUUUAUAUCAAAUUCUAAUUUCUGUUUAUAAGAAAUCGGUCGAUAUAAUCCGAAACAAUCCCCCUUGUUUGAUGAAGGUAAACUGGAAGAGAAUCUUUCACAUUCAAAGGGUUAAAGCUAAACCGAAAACUUUAAAUUAAAGAGAUACCAGCAAACGGCGAAAAAUUACACGUUUGCUCUCUCUUGACAAGCUUGCACUAUAUCACAUGUAAGGAAGCCCAAAUUUUUGAAUCUAAGACCAGUUUUAGUUUUUAAUAGGAAAUAAUUACAUGGAACUUUAUUUCCAGAGAGAAUGUCCCUUCCAGCUACAGUGUUUUGCUUUGAUCUAAGCAUUAACUGGUAAUAAAAUAACCAUAUUUUGGAUCCUAAGCAUAUUGAUGCUUAGAGGAAUGUUAUGCUUUCAAUCAAAUUUUAACUUUAGAUUAUCCAAAGGUAUUCAUCCUUCUUUUGUCCGAAACCAAUUUGCUCUCUUACUCCUACAGCUACUCACAUGUGGUUCAGUAUACUUUGUUAUUUUAUAGUGGAAUUUGCACUAUAGAGGUGGAAAACUCUUAGAUGGAGUGAGAUCAUGUUCCAGGCUGGCAAUUUGGGCUGUUUCUCUUACAGGUCCCCAGUUCAGCCCUUCUUUACACUUGUUGUACACCACCACCAUCGCUCACCUCCAAGGGCGACUACUGUGUCAGUAUUUUGUUUUAGAUAUUCACAUUUUUUUAUUUAAUUUUUUUUUUUUUUAACCUGGAGAAUCAAUCAUUUGGACCCAUCCUGAACAAUUAACCUCCCCUUUAUAUUACAGCCCCAAGUGCAGUACUUCAUAAAGACAUGAAAAGGACACCCAAGUCAGCAGGACCUGAGCCCAGGCUUGUCACAGAGUAUAAAAGGAGAGAGAAGGGGAGUUUUUAUCUCUUUGCCCCACCAAUUCUUAAUAGUUCUAAGUUUCAGUGUGACAAUAAAACAGUUUUGAUAACAUAGCUCAUGGGUUUCUCUGCCACAUAAAGUUUUCUUAAUAAUAAAAAAGAAGAAACUUUAUCCCUGCUAAAUUAAAAUAGGGCAGAUGUUGGAUAUGGUUCAUAUUAGCCAGCCUUUCACCCCUUUGCCCCUGGCACUAAAGUUCUGACUUUUUCUUUCUACUAUGUCUGUUUCUAACUGAAAGGUAUUAUUCCUGCCCUCGCUCUCUUCUUCUAUUUAUUUUUUCAGUGUCUAAAAUUAAACCUAUUCAUUUAGUAAUAUACAUUCUAUUUCACAUUGCUAAACCUGGCCAGAGAGGGGAAACGUUUUCCAAAAAAGUGAUGCACCACUGACCUUAAAAGAAAACACGAAGCAGGGAAAGCUGUUCUUAAAAGGUUUAUUUCUAGAGAAUUUUGUAGCUCUAUUGACAUUAUAGGGAUAAUGGCUGUAUUGCAAUGGGCUUUCAAGGCCCAAGAGGUUUAUGUUUUCUUCUGACCAUAAGCCUAAUAAAAUUUUAAAGGUGCACCAAGUCUCAUCACUUUAGAUAUUUAAAACUAGUUUGAAAAAUCUCUUGGGAAACAUAUAUUAUAGUGGAUAGCCCCACUGAGAAAGUAGGGGAUAGACAAAAAAAAUACCCCAAGCCCAAAUCCAAAUAAACUCCCCCCAGUUUUUUUCAUGCUAGCUCUAUGAAAAUCCUGGCUAUUAAACUCCCAAGGAUAGUACAAGUCUUUUCUCCAGGGCUGUGAAGAUAGAAUUUAUUGUCCAUUUGGAAUGAUCAAGUUUAGGCUAAUAAAAGGCCCUCUGUAAGCAGAAAUGCCCAAGUUGACGUUUGGCAGAGUUUUCAGUGGUGGAGUUUAUACAGGAUGGGGGCUCUGCACUAUUUGAAAUUACUCAUAUCUCAGCAGCCGAAGAUGAUCUGACACACACGAGUAAACGUUCGUGGGGAAUGGCUGGAGGUUAAUCAGCGUUGCUUUCCCGAGCUUGAAAGCAGGAAAAAGUGAAAGCUGCUCUCUCAGCCCUUCCCUUUGCUAAGGUGCUGCUAACUUUUAUGAUUUUUUUUCUUCCCCUUCCUCUUUUACUGUCUGUCUUUGUGCCUGAGGGCCAGUGAAAGAACACUGCAGAUUCUAGAUUGCUUUCAGAGUUUCCCUUUGCUGAUGAUGGAUUACCAUGUCAAUUUAAACGGCAUAGGAUUAAUUUGUUUCAAUGAUUUCUCUUUAGGCUGAAUGCCAGUCUUUUUUUCUAUCUCUCUCCUUGCUCUUCAGAAAAAAAAUUAAUAACAAUAAUAAUAAUAAAUCCUUAAAACCCCCAAACACUUUUGAUAUCCCACAUCAAAAAGACAAUAAUAGAAAUAGACAAGUUAGGUGUAAUGUUGCAACACAGUUGUAGGUUUGAGCGUUUUUAUCUCAUUCUAAGGGGCUGCAGCAUACAGUCAGUCACAUUAAAAUGAAAUUGGAUCCAACGUUUAUUCAAUAAAUACUUGUCUUGUAGGUAAUCCAGAGCAGAGUGCUUUUGACACAUAAGGACUUAAUUUGUCUUGGAUAACAAGUUAUUAAUAUGGCACAUUUAAACUUGCCACCUACAAUAAGGUCAUUUAGAUCUAUAAUACGACUCACGAGAGAACUUCAUAAAGCCAGAAACAAAGUUUGAAGCUGCCUCCGAGUCGCGGAGCAGACGCACGGCUCACGGUUUGCUCUUUUCAGAAGAAAGUUCAGAGCAAGUAGGAGCCACCCAAACCCAAAUGGUGUGCAUCUGCUCCGCUUUGAAAGGCGAACGUAAAUGGAGUAAGGAGGGGAGGGGAAAAGAAAAAAAAAAAAAAAAGAGAACCCAAACACACAUUUUUGAAUGAGUAAGCUUUAAAGCUGUGCUGCGUCUGCUCGCAAACUCAUCGCAGCUUUGAAAGCGAAAAAACAACAUUUGGUUCCGAGUGCAAAUUCGCCUGCAUUUGCACCCUACCUCUUCCAUGUGCUCCGCAAUCUACUCACUUUUAAUAAUGAGCGAGGAAGUUGGAGCAUAAUCCACCCAUAAAUGUUAUUGCUGUAAUUUGACUGCUCUGUGUUUGUUCAUGCAUUAGCUGUACGUGUAAAGCGAAGUGGCGAUGUAUGGUGGGGAUCCCCGUGCGGAGUGAACAAACAGAGGUGUUUUGGGCUUCAACGCCCAAACGCUGCGCGGUUGCUUUGAAUUUUUGGGGUGUUUGGUUUCAGACCUGCCCUAACUGAACGGUACCUGCAAGAGGUGCAUCAGGAGGGGAAUAUGACAGGAAUGCUACGCAGGAGGUGUUUGGUGGAUGGCGAUUCCGUCUCCACGCUCUGUCAGUGAGCUUUAUUAUUCUGCUUUUAUGUAUUAAGAUCUUGGUUGCUCUUGCCCUGGUAGAUUCUGUCUCUUUAAGUAACUAAAUCUCAUUUUUAAGCUCUUCCUGGGAAAAGGAUGUUACACAUGAGUAGAAAAAUGCAGGCAAGAAAGGCUAAUUGAAUGAAAAGAGAGAAUUAGGUUAAAAAUAGAGUACAAUCUAGUAUCACAUUUUCACUGGUGUAACCUGAAAUGAAGGUGUCUCCAAGUCCCCAGUGAUGCCAGAGUGUUUAGAUGUUGGGCACAGAUGGAGACACCUAUUGAAAUGUGUCUGAAGAAGAUUAAUAGGACUUGUCAGUGUUGGGAAAGCACUGCUUUGCUGUAAAUUUCUACUAGCACAAGAUGAAUUACCGAUGAAUGCUCAGUUAUCAACCCCAUCACUAUCAUUGGACACUAAAUCAAAUUGAGCAGUUAUCUACAAUCAGAAAAUUUCUUUUAAAAAUAGGCAUACACCUUUAGGCUUAAACUCUUUAAUAAGACAAUAUCCUCGAUGGUAUGUGUGUGUUCACGAAGGGAUAUGAUUAAAAGUUUCUGUACAAAAAGCUUCUGUUCGGAAAUGAACUCCAAGUUCAGUGUGGAAUCAGGGCUGUCAAACAAUAGAAGAUAUUCAGAAAAUACUGGUUAUAUAACACAGUGUUCUGCUGGGGGCCUGAUCCAAAAUGGAUUUUCAUGCAUGUCAUUAGAUUUUGGAUCCAUCCCUAUUUAUGAGAGGUUUUUUAAAUCUCUUCUCUCCCCUUAUUUAUGGUGAUGAUAAAAACCCCAUUCUCUCUACCCUAAAGACUGAGAAUCCAAAUCAUACAUUAAUGCAAAAUAGCUAUCAAGACUCAGUAUGUAUGUAUAACAAUUAUUCCACCCCACAACAUAUUUAGGAAAUUACAGCUUAAUAUAAUGAACUGUGUGAUGAAAGAAUCAGUGAAUAAUAUUUUAACUGAGAAUGUUUCUUCCUCUCCUUUAUAAAAGUGGAAACUGCGACAAGGAAAGGUACCACAAGCAUUUACCGGCCCACUGCUGAAGCAUAUUACCUGUGUUUACCAUCUGAUGCUGCUAAUAGCAAUGAUAUUAAAUAAGCAUUUUAUACUUUUAGUUUCUAGGAUUUCUUUCCCUUUCACCCAGGCAGUGCACUACUUUAUCCAAGGAGUUUUAUCAUGGUGUGUUUUCCAAAGUCAGUUUUUCCCUUUUAUUAGAGACAAGGGCAGUCAUUUGUGUUUAGGGAGGGAGACAGGUACAGAGCCUUUAUCUGAUCUGCGUCCCCAGCCACCACUACCUUCUUAAUCGACGUCAGAUUCCCACUCUGGAGGAUCGGGCCCUAUCUGGGUUACUCCUUAGCCAAGGAAUGUAUCCUUCCCUUCAUCUCCAGACAUCUCACCUGUGAUGUAUGCUACUUUUUGUAUGCUACUUUUUGGGAAGGGAAUAAUGUGCUGUUUACCACAAAGCCUUCGUGCAUUUCUCAUCUCCUGCCAAAGCUUGUUAUUUACCACCUAAAAAAUUUACCAGGGUAAGGGAUAGCAGCAGUUGUUUUCUUCAUUUUUACACCCUAAUUUUCACGAAGCAAAUGUCCUGCAUUAGGACCAGAUUCCACUCAGAUGGAAGUUAUUAACUUUAAGCAGAGUGGGCCGAUUCCAGCCAGCCACAGCCCGUGCCCUUCGAACGCAGUCGCUUUACAGCAUCACCAUGUUUAUUUUUUUCUUUGGAGGGCAUGAUUCUUUAAACAUAUUUGUUUUACACAGAGCAGCAGUUGAAUCCUAACUUCUUUUUUCCCCCCACGAACAUGUAAAGAGAAUAUUAAUAGGGAAUAUUAACAGAGGCGAGUGCAGCAUGAUGCUAGUUAGAUUGUAGUAGCUGAGAAAUAUGAACUAGUGAACAUAAUCCAUAAACUCCAUUUGGUUACUAUAAUACUCCAAUCUGUAUUUAUUACAACCCCACUCUGAUGCUUAUACAACUGCAAUUGCUAGAUUUAUACACUCUAAUGGUUUCACAAUAGGAAAAACCUGUGUUCUUUAUCUUUCUUUUCCUGUCCAAAAUAACCCCCUCCACAUAUACUUUAGGCUUCUCUGGACCUUGUCUGGGUUUAAUCACAGGCUCUGGGACAAAAUGUGCAUUAUUAAGAAAUAUAAAUAUUUUCAGAAGCAAUCAAAGGGUUGAAAGAUUGAUUCGGCAUGUAGAUUGGAUUUAAUUCGAAGCAGCUUUGUUCUAAUGAGGACUACUGGGAUACAAAGACGGCAGCCGCUUAUGGCCACCAGUUGGGAACCUCGACUCGCUGCAGCAACCUGUCAAGAAUUCCAAGAAACUGCCAGGUAUUAAAGAGGGAAGUUGUGGGGAGGAUGACGGUCUGUUGUUUGCAGCCUCCUUCCGAGGCUGGAUUAGGAUUUCUUAAGUCCCUGUUUUACCAAAAUGAGUUUCUUGCUGCUCAUGGGGCCAAAUCCCGCAGUCCCUCACUCAGGGGAAACCCCUAUGGGCUCUGUGGGCAGAUUUGCCUAAGGGAAAGGUGGCAAAGCUUGGUUGAGCCUCGACUCCAGCAAAUUUGGGAGCCCUGUAGCAAUUUGUUCUAUUCCAGACCUGAUUGUUUUCACGGUGACUUUUUCCUUUAAAUUUUGCUAUCUGUGCUUCUAGAUGUGAUGGGACCUUUUUGCACAGGGAGAUGUUUUUCCCUAUGGAGAAAUACAGCUCCGUGAUGGCUUGGAAACUCUUGUGUCCUUGUUGGGUGACCCAGAAGAACUGCUGGACCUGGCCUGUUUCCUGCCUGCAACAAAACAUCCUUGGGAUGAUGCUGAACCCAAGGGGACCUUUGAUUGCUUUUCCCUCAGACUGAAAAAACACCCAACAGUAAAAUUUCAGUGUGGGCUGUGGGGGGAGGUGUCACGUCACAGGUACUUGGGGAGCACACGACCCUGGGAGCUUUCCUAAACACCGGGCGUACAGUCAGAAUCACAGGAUAUACAGGAUCAAACAUGGACUAGUUUUGCUCUCCCCUUAGCCCCCCCUUGCCUACUUGUGUCCAUAAAAGCAAUAGAAAGAGAGAAAGCUUGAAUUUUCUGAACUGUUUCACCCAUCCACAGCUGGAAUUCCAAAGCGAAAUGAAAAUGCCUUUAAAAUCAACCCUACAUGGGAGCCUGAGAGAACAAGUUUUCCUUUGUUGUAGGGUAUAGUAUUAUUUGCUGUAGGUUUUUGAUAUACAUUCUAAAUUAGGCCUGCAAAGGAAUGCUUCAUCUUUAAUUCAUCACUCUCAGCUGAAAGAGAUUAGCAAUGUCUAGCACGCACCCUUCGUAUGGUGCUGACCUCAUCAAGUAUGGCCUGAAAUUAAUUAGCCUCAUUCAUUCCAAAUGGAAAAGGAUAAUGGAGCUGCAUUUUAGAGAUGACCAUCACAAAUUGUAUGCAGCAUAUUUAAAAUCCCUCCCCCCUCGCUCCCCUCCCCUUUAAAAAAAAAAAACCUAUGUAGAUUAAAAUUCUUUCCAGAACUUGCAAUAUGUCAGAGUUAUCGAGGUAUUAGGAGCAGAAACCACUCCGUUUUUAUUUGUGGAACUGGGAGCCACAUUUUGUAUGUGUGGCUGUAAAAGCAGCAAGCCUGUCUUAAUGGCAGAACACCUGGAAUUAAUUUGAUAUUUCCAGGUGCUCUGGCAAACUGGGACAUCAAGCACUUGAUGUUUAAACAUUCUUCCACUGGCCUGCCUAAAUCAAUAUGAAAGUGGUGUCCCUUUGUCAUUCAUACAUGCAAAGUGCUAGCACAAACUCCAGCUUGGCUUCAGAGUCCUACAUCACUCAUAAUCUAAUUAGAAAUCAGAGCAGAGCUGAAGCAGCAUUCUUUGUGGAUUCUUGGGCGGCAAAUAGGGAUACUUGUCUUUUGUUUCCCUCCUCGAUUGCAUCGUUCACAAGCUUUCACACCACAUCUCUAAAGGUGGUUAGGUGCCUCAAGAUGUUGACAGGCAUGAAGGACAAGAUUAUUUAGGUGCCUAACCCGGGUGAUUUCAAAUGGAAUUAAGCAACUGGAUGUUACUGGGUAUGGGAGGGGGGGGAGCGGGUAUGGGGAAGGGAAAAAAAAAGCUUCCAGUGCAUAUUAAAUGCUCUAAUUUGUUGUCCUAAACUCUAACAACGUGCGUGAUGUUUUUCCAGGGUAAAACUGCCUGCAGGGUAAAUUUCCUGAAGCCUGCUAAUUUUCCCAGAGGUCAGCAGGCACUCGGUUUUGGGCAGUGCAGCCCUCCCUGGCCGGGCACAGGGGUGGUGUGUGCUCCAGUUCCUUCCCAAGAGACAGGAGAAGUAAUGAAGGAUGCGGGAUUUCCCACAGGAAUUUGGAAGAUGCCCUUAUCUAAGACAAUGGUGAGGACUGGGCCAAAAUAAAGAUCCAGCCUUGAUUCAUCCAUCGGAUCUGCCCUGUCUUGACCUACAGCUGCUGAUGCAUCACAGCGACGUGGACCCUCCUCUCUCCACACUCCCCAGCAUCAGAACACCAAGACGACCUGAGAGUACUGGAUGAACCUUUGCAAGACCAUGAUUGGAAAGUGUGGGGACCAAGCACCCAGCGGCCAGAAAAACAUCAUGUGGACUGUUUCUGUCUUGGCUAAUCCUCAUCAGUGCUUUGAGCUGCAGGAAGUCAUGAGAACCAAGGCAACAUAGGUGCAUCACCAGGGAUUUGCUCUUCUCCUGGUCUGCUCCUGAAGCACAGCACGAAGUUUCAUCCUUUGCUUCUGCAGAUCUACAUGGAUAUGCUGAUAAACUGCCAUUUAGUCCAGAGGCUGGACAGAAAUAAAUCACCAGAUAAAAUACAAUAUUCCUAGUGAAAACCCUUAUGGAAUGCGUUCUUGCCCCAAACUCCUCCUGGAAUAGGCACAGCAAUGCUCCCUGAGACCUGGCAGCCCUUCUAAGUGAGCAUAUGGUCUGCUCAGCUCCUGCAGUACCGGUGCACGGUGAGUAAACACGCCGUAAUGUCAGAGCAAACAGGGGGCUGCUUAACAGCGUGAAAUUCUGUGGCUACUUCAAAACUUCAUCAGUACUUCAGAAAUGGAUUUCCCUUCUCUGCUGGAGCGUGCACUGUUAGCAGGACAGGCAGGAAAACAGUGAGACAGUCCCCUUGGAGGCUGAUGGUGUCUGUAACCAUCUCCCAUAAAGCUGAUGCUGCUGUGGAAGGCUCCUGGUGCGUCAGAAGUUGCAUUUUCUGGUGAUGCUACAUUGCCUUCUUUGUUUUUCUGUGAUGUCCCCUGAUGCCAUGCAACUUGCACAGUAAUUGGAAUAGAAAGAGGGACCCGAAGGUAAAAAUCCCAAUGUUAAUCAGGGCUGCCAAAGGGGAGAACAUUAGCUGCAGUAAUUGUUUUUUUGAGGGAGUCACCAAGGCGGGCUCGUCAGCACUAGCAAACAGAUCCAGUCCUGCCUCUGUGCUCCUCGCACUGGCAGAACAUUGCCCUGAAAUCACUGGAGCAGGGAUCGGGCCAGGAAUGAGCAGCUAAGUUGCAAAGCAAAUUAAUUCCUGCCAAAAAAGUUCAGCUAUGCUCAGAAGUAUGUAAAGUGUCUGAUUUGAGAAGUGUCAAGUAGCAUUUGUGACCAAUUAUCCAAGAUGAAGGGGGCAGAGCUAUGUUUACAUGUACUAAUCUUCAGCCAAAGUUUGAAAACUCCAAUUCACGGACACGCAUCAAAUUUCCUUUCCAGGCUUGGCAUUUGCCUGUACGCACGCAGGCACAUUGCUCGGGGAUGACAGGAAAACAUGAUUAUGACUUGCAAAUAAUACAAAUAGAAAAAAGGAAAAGCGAGAGGAGCUGCCAUGCAGCAGCAGCGUGGUAAUUAAACUUAUACUGUGAUAUGCAAAAAGAAUAGUGGACCACUGCAUGAGUAAAAUAGCUUUAUCAACUGUGCUGAAAUAUGACGUGUUGCGUGUCUGUAUUGUUGUUUUUCCACAACCUGUGAAGCCCUGGGAAAUGCUCUAUGGGAAAGGAUAAGAAGUAAAAGCUACCUCUACCAUCUUCUGUUUAAUUAACAUAGGUAUACCAAUUUAAUGCAAUUAAUCAAGAUAGGAGGGAUUAAACAGUAACUCUCAGUUGACAAUGACAAUAUUGUCGUUGUUGUGGCAUAAGAAAGGCUACAAAAUGAUAGUGGUGACUGGGAACACUGUGAGUAAGAACAGGCUGGCUGGAGCCUUGGGAGGUUUAUGCAGAUGUAUUGAAAUUUAGGGACAGCUGAUUUUUCAUGUGGCCAAGUGUUUAUCUGCCCCUGCCCUUCCCUUUACCCUCUCAGACCUUCCAGGGUAAUCCCCAGAGUGGCAACAACUUUUAAAGUGAUUCCUCUUUCUUCUAACAGGUUCCUGAUGCCAAAGGUCUGACCUUAAAAUGAGCAGUGCAUAGGGCAAGAAUGGGUACUGCAGAGAGCUUCUGGCCUUCAACCCUUCCAAAUACAGCUAUUUUGGUAACCAGAACAGUGUAUUCAUGAUGGGUGAGGGAACAGAGCCUUCCAGUAAAGGGUUUCUCAGCACAUUAACUCUAUCAAUGCUGGAUGCUGUGUCCCAAUUCAGGUUGCCUGUGUCUAUUUAAGACCAUAAAUGCAGAUUUGCAGAAGUCUGUGGUGUUGUGUAACUUCGUGGCUGUGCUUCAGUGCCUGCUGCCCCUAAAAACUGAACCAAAUCCCAUGGAUUUCCGUGUAGAUCUGGGAAAAACUGCAAUCAUGUGCCGCUCUGACUAGUUCAGACUUGGAUUUCUUAUUGGCAGGAGAGGCACAGCCUGGUUUGCUACAAUGCAACUGUCCUCAUUAAUGUUCUUCAAGCCCUGAUGUCCUGGGACCGCCAUCGUUGGGUCAGAAGAUGGCUGAGUUUUCCAGGCUCAUUCUCUUGUCUUCAGAAUGUUAAAUUGGGUGAUAAUGAGUAGUAACUGUGUCCCUUUUUAUGGUGAAGUUGACACUUGCCUUCUAGUAAACAGACACAGAGAUGACCCUCCUCAUUUCGCACAGGUCACCAAACAGCCCUGGGAUGGUAAGGGUUAUUGGCCAUUUACCAAACUCUGUUUGACUUGGGUUCAUGGGUGAGAGAUGAAAGGCUCUGUAUUGCAUUACCAGUCCCUGGGGCCAGCCAGUCUCCCUAAAGAGGCAUUUCAUUUAGCAAGGCAACUGCUGGCCCAUGGGAAUUGGAGAGCUGGGAAAAAGAGGACGCAGUUUCAAUUGCGAAUGUUUCCUUAGGGCAGAUGCCUUAAAGCUACACAGGAACUCGCUGCUUCACUGUCACAAUAGUUGCUCCAGGACACUUAAUGACCAUCAGGCUUUUCCCAUUAAUUAAUCUCCUCUUUUUUUCCCAACAAAACAUCCAUUAAGUUACUUGGGUUGUUUCUGCCUCUGCCCUGCUCUGUUUUUCUCCAUCUUCCUGAGGCAAGACCAAUGCAGCAGUUAUGAACCGGUACCUUUUCCAAGAGCUUCUGAUUUGAAACGGGUGAAACAAGGAGCCUGGUAUCACAGUAAGAGCUGCUCGCUGCUUGGGAGGAGAGGAGUUCUCCUGAACUACCCAAAUAUUUUCAUUAUUGUAGAGCAGAGAUGCUGACUAAUUUUCCUGGCUAUAGUGGAGUGGUCCUUGGUAUUGGGGUAGUCCAAGUGCUGACUUUUUACAGAUGAUGGGUGAAGUGCUUGAUGCUACAAUGGCUAUGGGAAGGAGAAUAUCUGUGAUCAGGGAUUCAACUCAGACCUGUCCUGAAUUUCUUAUGAUCUGAAAAUCCAGUGUUGUUCCAAAUUCAUUAUCACUGGUCAAAAUCCUCCUUCAGUUUCCUCACUUGCUGUUUGUGAUGUGAAUCAUGAGACAUUCAGAAGUCGCAUUUGUUGUUUGAUAGUUUUACAUCAUGGCUGUAAUACUGCAUCUGCCAAGUCAGCAACUUUUUUCUGUGUUUGUUUAUUUAUUUACUACUCCAUUUCAAGCAAGUUCUUGUUACCCAGUUCCCGCUGACAAUGAGGGAAGAGGCACAAGUCAGCUCAGAAAAUGAACGACUAGAAGACUGUGUGGUCUCAGUGAUACUGUACCAUCCUGGUUCCUGCUUUCAGGCUGGAGUCACAAGCUGGACUUGGAAGAAGCAACUUUCAGGCAGAGAUGUAACUGCAGAGUUAAUACUAUGCCAGGGUCUUGGGUUAUCUCAUGCAACCUUUCUGUGUUGACUGCUCUGUGUUAGUUUUGCUCAGACAGAAGGUAGGGGUAAUGGAUAAUUUCUUUAUGGAUGAAAGCAACAAAGUUUCCUGAUGUCUAGUAACUACUCAAUACCAUCAACUUACACAUCCCUCUGUGCUACUACUAUUGCUUUGAAGCAAUUUAUUUAGUCACUUGGACUUUAACUACUCAGAUGCAUUCCUUCCUGCUGCAACAGCAGGGAUACAGGAAGGGGUGUUUGAAACCACGCGGUGAUUUCCACCCUGGAUUUCAUGAGGGGUUAUUCUUGUCUCAGAGAUGACGCAUUCAAAUAUCCUUCUACAGAUUCCAGGUGAGUUAGUCACAUUUAGAUGCUUCCAAGUAAUACACAGAAAGGUGCUGAGAAAAUGACGAGUCCCUGCCUAGUCAGAAAAAAAAGCUCAGCAAAAGUAGAUCAGAGCAAAUUACAUGGACCAGCCCUCAAAUUUUUCUAAGAAAACCUGGGACCAAAGGGCUUUUAUAUUCAAAAAUGUGUGGCCAACAGGGAUGCACAGUAUUUACUUUACUGACUGACCCAUGAGCUGCUCUCUGUCCCCAGAAACAGUUCAGGAAAUGACUGGAAGUAUCUGAAGACAUAAAAAGGAUAAUUAAGUUUCAUUGUGGAAAUAAGAGGGUAAUCUGUCCAGACAAAUCUAGGACCUAGUGCUGAAAGCUAUAGUAUCUGAAUAUAAAAAAUGAGUAAUUUUGAAUAAAGAUGUCUAUCAGGACUGUAAAUUCAGAGAGUAAAAAAGUAGCUUUGCUUAAUAGACCAUCUCUCUCUCCAUCUCCCUCUAACUCAUUUUCUUAUUCUCUUUCUUCCUUUUGUGUUAUUGCAAAAAAUGUGUGCAAAAUCUGAUAUUGAGAAUGCUUUAGCUUCAUUUCAAUCUUCUCAAAAUGUUUAGUUCCACUGGGAAGAUUCUCCCUGUGAGAUAACCUCAGCCGUGACCACGAGAGGCUUGUGGGGUGACUUAUUUGCAGGGGAACAACUGUAUUUUGAGGUGUCUCUGAGGCAGCCAGGUCCCCCACUUUUCUGAGGCUCUCAAAGAUGUUUUUGAGCUGGCAUGAGAAAUCACCUGGGACUCAGAGCAGACCACAAGUGCUUAGGACAGUAUUUUCUCUGCACCUUUUUUAGCCGAGCAGAAUCGCAGCACUAUAACCAAAUGUGAGUUUUGCCUCAUUCUUAGGUGCUGUGAGUUAUGAAAGCCCACUCCAGAUGUAAUGAAUGUAUAGAUCAUUUUGACCAGAUCAUAAUCCAUUAGUAAAUAAUGCUCCCUGUAAAGGUGUGGGUGAAAUAAAGAACUUCUUGCUACUAUUGCUGUACUGGUAUCAAGGAUUACCAAGGAGGCCAACAUGAUCCUGCAGCUUUGUGCUACUGAUGUUUAAAUACAAUGCAGAAUUAACUACAGGGUUUGGUUAGCAAAUUCCUUCCUGGAUUAGGAUAUCCAGGAUUUAUACUGCUGGUAACAGAACCCAAAACUAUACAAAGCUCACCUGUCCCUUGGCUUUACCACAAGCCCCAACUUCAGCUCACUGACACUCUCGCGUAGCAUUUAAAAAACUUUCCCAUUUGGUUCCCCUGAUUUUGGUAGUGAUAUUAAUAAGCAAAUCACACAGAAAUUUUCAGAAUGAGUUGAUCCUGAUAGAGGAAACCCCUAUAACACCUGUGACUUUUCUUCACUGUCCCUGGAGGAACCCCAAGGAUACCAGACUAGGACCUGAGGCCAAUUGUCAGCACAGUCUAUGGGCCAUGGGAAGGUUAGGUUUAAAGAUGACACUUAAGGGAAAUCUAUGUGACACAUGCUGUGGUGUCCAGAGAUUGGAGACUAUGUAUUGUGCUCUGAAUCUAGAGAGGAAGUCACUAGGAGGAAAAAAAAAAAGAAAGAAAGAAGCACGGGGGAAUAAAAGUACUUUUGAAAGAGAAGAAAUCUACAUUUCAAUGAAAAUCCUUUCAAGGCAUUUCAAAUAAGAGUCUGAGAGAAAUAAUUACAAAGUUUGGAGAGAAAGAAUGUUAGCUUUGAUAUCUUUUUCUUCUAUGAAGCAAUUAAAAUAAGCAAUUUUUCAAAUACUAAGCAGAAAAUUACUAAUGGCUGAACCCAAAAGCUUUCAUUUCCUUUUUGGGGCCUUUAUUCUUCUAAAAAAAGACAAAAAAAAUGGGAAGGUGGUUUUCCAGAUAGAUUAAUGCAUAAAGCAGUCGCUAGUUGGAUGUCAUAAAAACUACAGCAGCAUAGAAUAGCUGAGAUUAAGAGCUAGAUUUAAAUCAUGCAACAGUCCAGUUAAUAUCAAUGUCUAAUUAAGAAAUGCAUAAGAAGUCUGUAAUGUUGAUUUGAUGGAGAAAAACUCUAAUAGGGUUUCUUUUGGAAUUUUCCAUUUCAAUUGCUGUGUAGACUUUUAAUGGAUGUCCUAUCCAGUCUUUGGUAUUAGCAGGAAUCAUGCUCAAAUUAAAACCAAGGCCUAAAAUGGAACACAGGUAGACAAAUUAGCUGGUCUGGGAAGCAGUCUGGGUAGAAUGACAAUGUGAGCUCAAGCCGAAACUUUAGUACAAAUAAAAGAGAACUAACGUCUCAAAUCUGGUGUGGAAACCCUCUCUGCUUAUCGUUUUAAGCAAUUUAAGACCUUGUAAUUUGAAACAAUGCAAUGUUAACCCAUUUCCCCACCUCCCUAAGCCUGCAGAAAUCCAAUUCAUACUUAGACAUCCAGACCACUUGGCAUUAUUAAUUAGUCUUUUUUUAUUUAAAAGACUUCCCAUAGUUAUGCAUAUUAGUAAUAUGUAGAGGUGGGUUCCUCUUUGCAUGCAAUGGGAUUCAGAGCUCACAGGUCCCUGUCAUUACCAAAGAACACCAUUAAUCUCCCACCCCUCUCUGGGUAACUAAAGCUCUUAAACCCUUUCAGCAAAACUAAACCUUCAGCAUCCUCUGUGUCCCAUGGAUCAUCCAGGAUAUGGGCUCUGGAUAUGAAAGAGGAACUGGUUGUGUGAUGAAUGUCACUAAUACCCUAAAGUUGCUAAACUAGGAGCAGGUAACUCUUGGUAUGCACAAAUACACUUUGCAAAGAGGGGGAAAGCACAGUGCUGGAUUAAAGCAGAAGUGUGUUUGUUAUCACCACUUUGUUGUUGACCCAACAAAUCCAGGGGGAACUGUCUCAAGAAUCCAGGAAGAUGGCAAACUCAAAAUAACCCCUCUGAACCAGGCAGCAAGCACACUGGGGAGUAAUUUUAAGUUCAUUAGAACAUAUUAAAAUACAAUACAUUGGCCAUGAUAAAGAGAGCCAUGUGAUUCCACCUCUCUCCAUGUUUCUUUCCAGUACUAAAUCCAUCCAGAGACCUUUCAGAAUUAUAUCAUUAAGUCUUAUCACUUCCACAGAGAGUGGAAAAGACUAGAGGUAAAAAUCAGAGUAACAGUGAAAUUUUGGCACUCCUGAGCCACUUCUUUUUUUUAGGUCAUUGCCUGAAAUGUCACGGUCCAAAUUCAUACCUGACAUUGCUCCAUUGAUCCGUGAGGCACAAAUAUGUCAUGUUAAGCAGUGAUACUGUGGCCCUAGGGGAUGCCCCAAGGAUUUUUCUCCUUGAAAGACAUGGGAACUAGGAUGCUCCCAGUGAGGCAUCUGCCUUCUGAAUGAUAGAGAAGGUCUAAUGUGAGGACAUUCAGGUCAUCAGAAGAGUCUGAUUUUUUACCCUGCUCCUGACUGUGUGACUGGGGAGGCACCAUGGGUAGGGAUGCUGAUAGAUGAUUGUUCAGGUGGAGCACUGCUCUAGCAGGGUGAUUUGUCUGCAACCUUUGUUAGAUUUAUGCAACACUUAAGGAAAGAACAAAAGUAUGAAGCAGAUUGGCUUUUGCAAAAGAAUGCAACAGAAAAACAAGCAAACCUUAACUUGUCCAACACACUUGAGAGCCACAAAUUCUGUUACAGUUUUUCUAAAUGAGAGGAAUAUUUCUCCUUUCCUCCAUAAAACCAUCCUUUUAGACAUUACUGCAGUCAUGACCUCACUGCAGUUCCUGGAUUCUUUCUGAAAAGAUUGAAAUGAACUAAUACACCAGUGAUCUCAUCACGGCGUAAAGGACAUCUUACACAGGGGAAAAAAUAAUCAGGAGAACUUCAGUGCUUUGUUUGCAGCAAGAAUAGAGAAAGCACUAUAAUAUCACUGUGGAAAACACUAAAGGUACAAUGCCAGAGAGGCAUUUUUCCAUCUUCUUGUAAACCAUUUGGAUUUGUCCUACCCGAUCCUGCCUGUCACACCUGUCACCCUUUUAGCUGUCUCCACAUCAAUCAUCUUUCCUUUUUUCCUGCCUUAAUCUAGACCUUCCCAUGUCUUUUCUGUGCCUUUCGUACCUGUUUUACUGUACCUAAUAACUUUGAACUGUAUGUACUACUAGUCUCAACUGCAUCCAAAAUGCAUUUUGCAGGGUACACACAUGCAAUCAUGUUACACCAAAGCAUCUACACAUACUUCAUCUGUAGCCUGUGUUGUUCUGGGAAAGAACACCUUUCCUAUGUGUACACACAGUUCUCAGGCCAAGGGGUCAUGGUUGAUGGCAGAUCUCAUCUGCUUUGGAGCUGUUGAAUCUUCUAACAGAAAUCAGAAAGAUGAGUAGGGUCAGAUGCUUUGCUUUCUUUGGUAGGAAAAUCUAUAAAUUAAUAUUCCUGUAACUGAGAACCCUUCCACAUUUUUAAUAUAUCACAUUUUGAGGCUGGAAACUAGAAUAUCCUCAGAACAUGAUGAGUAUAGUCUCAAUAAUAUCAUCUUAUCUUAUCUAGCCCACAGGUGCUCCUCAGCUCUGCCUUGGGAUGACACCAUGAAGCAAUGAGGUGACAAACCGGUUUCCUUUCUCAAGCCAAAUGUCACGUAACUGCCCAGGGGCCCGUUUUGGUGGGGGUUGCACCCCCUGACUUUUCAAGGAGAGAUAUGCUGCUGUGACCCACCCCCACCCUGUACAGCUUGCUGAAGGAGAUUAAACUGCUCACUUCCACCUCUGACAUUUCUCAGCCAGGAAGAAAGGCAGGAGGCAUCAGGAUGUAGGGAGAUAGCCGAGCAGCCACCUGACACGCUGACAAAGAAACCUCCAAAACCCAUCAAGUGGAGAUGAGUUCCCAGGGCUAGAGCAAGCUGAUAUAAAGGAUGAUGGUACCCUUAUACCCACCCAAAAAAUUUACUACUCCUAAACGGGGCAGCAGACAAAUCCGUCCAACCCCAAAUGCUCUGCAGUUGAUAGAUCUGCUUUAGUGAGGAGAGCCCCAGUCAGUGAUGAGUGUUGUAGGAGAAUGCAUGCUGCAGCAUCAGUAAAGUCCAAAAAGCCCAAGGAGCAGUGCAGAACAUCUGUUACCAACAAGAAAAUAGUAUAUGAAAAGCUGUUGUAAUUCCUGGCUCCAGCAGCCUAACUGGAGGCACAGACUUCCCAAGGCAGAGAGGACUUGGAGAACUCGGGAUGUUCAAUGAGAUCUCUUCCUGCUCCUGCAGAUUUACCAGGUCAGCUCAGUCCAGGCCAAAGUUGCCGGGAAAGGUCCUGGGCUCCACUCCAAGUUCAUUGCUCUAUUGAUUGUGAAGAGGUAUUUAUUGUAGGUCAGGAUCUUGAGCCAAGGCAGCUGAAACCGCAUGGACUAAAUCGUCUAUUCCCCACCUACAGAUAAAACAAAUGGCCAGUUUUGGCCUAAUCAUCACUUCUGUCAGAGGAAAGAGAAACUCUUUGAGGUAAGUUCCCUUGGACAUAAUUCUUUCUUUCUAGGUUAAAGAAGGGCUGGAGCUAAUAUAUAUCCUGAGUUGUAAUGUGGAUUUGCACCUUUCCUGUUAAAUAUAGCUGGUUUGUGUCCAAAGCAUCGCUCCUAUCCCUAAUGCUCUCUUAUAUUGUUACAACUUCUACAUUAGUUGCAGGUGUGAAAUGCCAACUGAUCCACACUUCUCGUGCUGUCAGCAGGGGAGUAAUGUAUGUCAAAGGCCUGAUCCUCAGAGGGGAGGUCACCUGGAUCUCCAUUUGCACAUCUGCUUUCCUAAACACAAAACUCUGGAGGUUUGAAAAGCUCCAGUAUUCACAAAAUGGGAUGAGUUCACUGGAGGCCAUACAUAAGAAACUGUUUGUGCUUGUCAUUUAGUAGGCAGGUCACAGAAUUUUCCCUCUGUACAAAAUACUUGCUGUUUUGCAACAGGCAAUGUUUCACUAGUCCUCAGAUGUGGAUACUUGUAUGUUUUGUAUUAAUAAGGAAAAGAGCUACACUUCCCUAUGUUACAGGAUAUAAGAGAAGUCAGGAUACCAACAGGAUACUAAGAGGCUAAAAUAGAACCACAUAUAUUAUACAGCUCCAGAAAGAUGCUAAUAUUCAGCAUGUUCCUGCUUGGAGUGUGCAGACAUGAAGAUCGGGAAACUGCCUGAUCAGAGAUCCUGGAGGGACAAUGUUGCUGGAGCCUGUCUUAAAAGGCAUCCUGGUUUGGUUCUGAGGGUUUCAAGAGAAGCUUACAAAUAUUUCUAUUUCUUCCUGCUGUUGGGGGAUUUUUUUCAUACCUUGGAAUAAGACUUCCAAAGGUAAUGUGUUUGCACUGGAUGCCUAGAUAAUGGUUCUUGCUCAGGGGACCUCUAAUACAGAGUAGUGCCUUCCAAACUUUGUAUAAGAUCAAAGACUAAACCUACAUAUAGGCCUAACUCUUUCUUGAUUUCUGCUAAUCUAGAAUAUCCCUCAAUAUCUGCAAUAAGGAUUACCACAGAUAAUCUAUACAGAAGAUCUUUCUGUCUUCACAUUUUUGACCUUUUAAUGUCAUCUGUUUAUGACAUCAUGAUUCUGGUUGCUUUGGACAUAUAGGAGAUUUUAAACAUAUGCAUGCAAACAUCAUUCACCACUAUGCACUAUGUUUUUUCUCCCUCAGCUGACUACUUCUAAAUAUUUUGGAUAGUAGAACCAAAGUUGAUUUUACUAUCCAAAAUGAGAAAAUAGGGAAUUGGUCAUCAGCUUUAUGUUUUGUUACGUGGAAUUUAGACUUAACAUCCCCAUAGUGACUUAGUUGGAAUUGAAAACAAGCUCAAAGUAUACUGGGGAAAGCCAUGAGCUGAACACAGAGGUCAGAGCAUGUUCCAUGAACAUCUCAAAUUCCAACCCUGAGGAAUUGCUCGAAUAUGUCGCUUGAAAAGGACAUCUCCUCAAGGAAGCUGUUAAAAAUAAUUUUCACAAGAAUCAGGAGGGGUUCACUUUUAAUAUCAAGGAAGGGAAGCACUUGUUUUUAAAGAAAAGUUUGAUUCUGAAAAAGUCUCACUAUGUUGGUGAGUUAAAGGAGCUGUUCUGUAGCAGACAGAGUGGCUUGUUUGGCUCUUCAUGGAAGUGACUGUUGAAUUCUCAGGUGGCCUUUCCCCUUGAAAUUUACACCAGAAAUUCAGGGCAAAAAUUUCAUGUUUGAUCAGAACGACUUCAUUACCUUCCUGACUAAUAGGAAUUGCAUAUGUUUCCCUGGGCUGCAGAUUGCAAACCUAAUAGACCCAUGAAAAGAAAGGGAGAAAGAAAUACUGAUUUUCUUGGCAUGAAAUACAGAAAAAUUGGGCCUGAAAAACGUUUGAGUAUAAUAUGCUGAAAGUUUAAAGAAGCAUUUAUAAAGAAACAUUUUCCAAGAGCAUGCCUGUUAGUUUUAUCUCCAUUUUUUGCCAUGUAUAAUUAUGAGAAACACAGACAACUCAUAAGAUUUUUAGUUUCUGUUGAGAAUUGUCUUUUCCAAGAUAAUUCUGUACACUAUUACUUUAACCCACUGGGUAUCAUGUAGGUAAGGUAUAAGAUUAUGCACAUGAAUAUUUCUGUCUACCACUUAUGUGUGCUGAGACAAUAUCAACUUAUACUUUCUCCUGUCAUUGGUCCUUAUUCCAUAGAGGAUAUUCUUAAUUACCAGCAAGACAAUUUGGUAAUAUCAUGUAAAGUGUAACAGCAUAAUUUCUGUGAUGAUUUACACCUGCUCAGGAUCUGAACACUGAAUUUUAAAACAUAUUUUAAGUUCAGAAGAUCGAUGAUAUUUUUUUCUAUGAGACACUGUUUCUAUUUUUAAUAGAAAUACUUUCAUUUAUUUAAUUUAUUAGCAUGGUUCUUCUAAAUGAAAUGGAGCUUUUGUACACGAAGACACCAUUUAUACACAUUUGCACUGCCCUGAAAAAUUUAGAGCACACUUCUGUACUGGAUUAAAUCAACUCAAGCCUAAAUGCCUAAACACUAUUUUUGACAACGGUGCAUGAGGGACAUACCUGUACAGGGAUUCUAAAGAACAAAAACCCUAAAAAUAUCUCAGUUGCAAAGAAACUGUAUUCCUUUUUCCACUUUGUAAUUAUGGUUAUAUAUAUUCUUUUAACCCUUGCGGGUUUAUUCCUAAAUCUGUUAGAAAUGAUUGAAAUUAUUCCAUUAACGCCAACAGACUCUGCUUCCUGCUGGAUUAAAGGAGACAUUUGUGUAUCAGAUUUGCUGGUGAUGUCCCACUAAUGAAAUGGGGAAUUUUAUAAACAGGUCAGGGAGGGUAAGUGCCCAAUAAAAAGAUGUCAGAUAGAGAUCCACAAAUUACAGUCUAUUUGUAACAGAAAUAAAACAAGGAAUGCUUACUAAA